AAGCAGGUUACGCAUCAGGCCGCUCCAAGUCCAAGCUAAAACCUCUCUCUCUCUCUCUCUCUCUCUCUCUCUCUCUUUCUGCUAUCUCUCUCAGCGAUGGUGGAGACGAAGCGAAAAGGGAGAGUCGAACCAAAGCACAACAAGAUGAAGAAGCAAAAGAGUUUGGGCUCUAAAACCCUAUCGACGAAGAAGAAGAAGUCCAAGAGAAACGAUGUGAGGAAGGGUCCUCGCUUGCCUAAUUCACUGCGCAAGGAGAUCGAACGCUUAAACCCUAGCACCCAGUUGAACAGCGAAGACGAAGAUAUCAAUUCCGAUGAGGGAGAGUUUCCCACCGAUGACAUUUACGAGUACGAGGAGAAAAUCCCCCAGGAAGAGUCCAGGAAGAAUCGUCGGUUCGACCCUGUGGAGAACUUCGAAUACGAGCUUCCCGAAGAUUUCGAGGAUGAGAAUGUGCCAUCAGAUGAUGAUGAGGAUGAGGAUGGUGACCUCAUGGAUAAUGGAGGAAACAAACUUGAAGAUUCCCAUGAUGAGAUUGAAGAGGAUGAUGAUGGAAGGCAUGUCAGGAUGUUGGAAGGAAUCACUGGAAUGCCAAGUGAGGCUUUUGAAGGGAAGAAGAAGAAAAAUAAUGUUGUUAUAUCUGAGGCAUAUCCAGAGUCCGAAUAUAAUCCUACUCGUGAUGUUUUGGAUGGUGAUGGCCGCAUUAGCAUGGAAGACCUUUUAGGCACUCUUCAAAAGAAACCCGGGUUUGGCAAACUUAGAAAGAUAAUGGAUCAAAUGAAGAAAUCUGAGGCUAUUGAAGCUCCCCUUCCAACAGUAAUUCGGGAGAAGAUGGAGAGGCAGGCAGCAUAUAAAAUAUCAAAGAAAGAUAUGGCCAAGUGGGAGCCCCUAGUUAAGAGAAAUAGGGAGGCACCUACCCUAUAUUUUGAUGAGGAUACAGACCUGGGGUUUUCAACUGUAGGAGCAAUAGCUUCUGAAUUUGAACCUAGAACUGAAUUUGAGAAGAAAAUGGCAUCUUUAGUUUAUGAUGAUGAUGUUAUGGAAGCUCACAAAAAAGAUGGUUCCAGGCUUCUUGAAUUAAACCAGGUAUCUGUGGAAGAUGAAAAGGAGCGCCAUAAUCGUAUUGCUAAAAUGCGCAGCCUUCUUUUCCGUCAUGAAAUGAAAGCAAAACACAUAAAAAAGAUCAAAUCCAAAACAUACCAUCGUUUGUUGAAGAAAGACAGAUUGAAAACAGCAGCUGCACUGAUUGAAAUGGAUCCAGAAGCUGCUAAAGAGCAGGCAAUGAAGCAAGAGUUCAAACGGGCAGAGGAACGCAUGACACUGAAACACAAAAACACCUCCAAAUGGGCAACACGCAUUCUACAGCGUGGUUUGCAAGUCCAAGAUGAAGGUACUCGAGCUGCUAUAACUGAACAGCUCCAACAGCAUGCUCUUUUGACUAGAAAAAUGAACUCUAUGAAAGACGGUAGCAGCAGCAGCAGCAGUGAUGACACCAGUGAUGAGGAUGAUGUAGAUGAAGAUUCUUCUGUUUUAAAAGAGGGUAGGGCAUCCAAGUUAUUGGGAAAAGCAACAGAGAAGACCCUCAAAAUAUUAGAAGAAGAAGAUGAAGUGCCUGAUUCAGGAAUUUUUUCUUUACCUUUCAUGGAGCGUGGACUAAAGAAAAGAAAGGAGGCAGCUGAAGAAGAAGCUAAACUUGCUCUUCAAGAGUAUGAAGUGUCGAUGAAGCAGCUGGACGAUCCAAGUGGGGCAGAAAAUUCAAAAAUAAGGGCUUCAAGUGGUAGAAGGGUAUUUGGUGCAGCUAAAAUACGUGCUCCAGAAUCAAGAGAUGUGAUUAAAACAGAUAACUUCUAUGCUAAUAGUGAUAGUGAUGAUAACUUGGAGGCCAAAGAAAAUAUUUUUGAUAUGGAGAAAGACGGAAGUAGUGAUAUGCAGAAGGAUGUUCAUGUUGAUUCUGUUUUACCUAAUGAGUUUCGUCAGGAUUCUGUUUUUAAGAGCUUUGAUGAUAUUGUUAGAGAUCCAGGUCCCAAGACAACAUAUGACGUUGCUAUUUUUGCAUCAGACAAAUGGAGAAAGAUGGAAAGCAGAAACAAAGUGGAUGCCAAUAGCAAAAAGUCCCCAGUGGCUGUUGAACCUGAAUAUAAUCAAGAUUUACAGGAGCCUGUGAAGGAAGUGGGUGAAAACAGUGAUACAGAAAGUGAAGGACAAAUGGUGGAUGGGAUUAUUUCAUCGGAUCCUAAACCGACUUAUGAACUCCCUUCCCAGUCAGAGCUGAUUCGCCAAGCUUUUGCUGGGGAUGAUGUGGAGGAAGAUUUUGAGAAUGAUAAACAGGAGAUUCUGAAUGAGGAAAAUCCUGAACCCGAAAAGCCAGUCUUACUUCCUGGCUGGGGCCAAUGGACUCGUGUACAGAAAAAGAAAGGCUUACCUUCUUGGAUGCUGAAAGAACAUGAGAAUGCCAAGAGGAAGAGAGAAGAAGCUCUUAAGAAGAGAAAGGAUGCACAUCUCAAACAUGUUAUUAUCUCUGAGAAGUUAGAUAAAAAGGCUGAGAAACUCCUUACAAAAACAUUGCCUUACCCUUUCACGUCUAAGGAAGUUUUUGAGCAGAGCAUCCGCAUGCCCAUUGGACCUGAAUUCAACCCAGCAACUGCAGUUGGUGCUCUUAAUCGACCUGCAGUGGUGAAGAAACCUGGUGUGAUUAUUAAACCAAUUGAGUUCAAGGAAGUGAAUCCUCACGAAAAUAAGGAGGAUCACAAAUGGAGUGGACAGAAACAGAAGAUGAAGAAGAGUAAAAGUGAUGGCAGCAUACCGAGAAAAAAGAUGAAGAAGGCAGAGGGCAAAACCAAAAAAGUCAACUGAGACACUCUUGUUCGUCAGAAUUUUGCUCCCGUAUUUAUUUCUUCCUAAUCUAAACAGGUUCCCAGUUUUCCAUGUUUGGGGGACUAUUACACCAAAAG